AUAAACGUACGCUGUCCUCUUUUUGACGUACCAGUUGAUUCUCAGUGAAAGCGGAGCGCCACUUGUCCGAACGCGCGUUUGAACACGUUGAAGGAGCGCAGAGCAGCAGCAGCAGCACAGAAGACGGAGAGAGAGACAGAAAGACAGAGAGAUAACAGCCUCCUCACGGGAUAAUAUUCUCCUGUUUUUUCCUCUUCGCUGGGAUAACUUCUGAGAGCUGCCGGCUCGACGGGACGUUAUAUAAGGCGAAUAACGGACAGAGAUGAGCGCGCACGUCCGUCGAGGCGGUAUAGCGGCGCGAUAAUCGCAUGUGCUGUCUGGGCUCGGCGCUGGAAGAGAGAGAGAAAGAGAGAGAGAGAGAGAAAAAAAAGAAAAACGACACAAACGCGACCCCCUUCGACUUGAACCGUACACGUAUGUAUCUGCGCUACAUCACGUUUUAGGUUACUUAUUGAAGCGGCUAGCUAGCUGGGGGAGCUGCUGCCCAAUGCUGGCCCAUCCACUAUUGUGUGCGUGUGAUUUAACUUAGCUAGGCGGCUAACCAGGACGCGCUGCUGCUGAUGAGCCCGUGUGUGCGUAGCGGAAUGAUGGUCAGAAGAAACCUCCGGCAGACAGACGCCAAGGGCUCCGACUAAUCAUCGAAAGCCCAUUUAAUAAUUAGUCCGUGUUGAUUAUCAAAUACAGCCACGCAGCCGAUGUGUCUGGUCGGACCCGGAGGGCCCUGCUAUCAUUCAUAAAACUAUCCUGAAGGCGAGGAAUGGGCCCGCGCGUUAAUAUGGAAAACAAAGAAUUAACGUUGGGCUACUGAGGAGGUUAAGCUGGUUAGAUAAGCUUGUUUUAGCGUUUUUAAGGUGAGCUAGCAAGCUGGUUGGCGGAUUAUUCACAUACAGUCUGGACAGUGCUCCUCCCUGCGCUCCCUCUGUCCGUUAAUUGGAGUAAUUUUUUUCUCCCCGGUUUCCACGUUUUUUUUGUGUUUUUUUUUUUUUUGUUCUCCCUGCGCCGCAUCACAAUGAGCAGUCACAGCGAGGACGCCGGUGAGCCGGUGGAAGUGGAGCCCAUGCCGGGAUAUUUGGACCUCAUCACCAGAGCCUCCACCGUCAUGCUGGGCGCAUGGAGAGACUGUAGUAGUUGCGGGCUGGAGCUCUCCAAACGGACUCUCCUGGAUAACGCAUACAUUACCCUGACCGAAAUCGCCCUGUUCUUCUUUUGCGCCUUUUUGUGGACGCAGGUCAGGCGGGGACUGACAGAAAGUCUGUUUAAGCCUCUAGCCCAGUGGUGGAGGUUGAUGCCCAAAGAUGCUGCCAAGAUGCCAGAGAGCGCGUGGAAGCUGGUCUUCUACACCAUGUCGUGGUCAUACAGCACCUACCUGCUCUUCUUUACCUCCUACUCCUUUUUCCAUGACCCGCCCUCCGUCUUCUACAACUGGAAGAGUGGUAUGUCAGUGCCUACAGACAUCGCCAUAGCCUAUCUGAUCCAGGGCAGCUUCUACGGCCACUCCAUCUAUGCUACAGUCUACAUGGACGCAUGGAGGAAGGACUCGGCUGUCAUGGUGGUGCACCAUAUCAUCACACUGGCACUCAUUAGCUUCUCCUACGCCUUCAGAUACCACAACGUAGGGAUUCUGGUGUUGUUCCUCCACGACAUCAAUGACAUCCAGCUGGAGUUCACCAAGCUCAAUGUCUACCUGAAAUCCAGAGGAGGAGGCUAUUACCUGCUCAAUGACAUCCUCUCCAACAUGGGCUCUGUCAGCUUCAGCAUCACUUGGUUCUGGUUCCGUCUCUACUGGUUCCCUCUCAAAGUGCUGUAUGCUACGUGUGUGUCCAGCCUCCAGUCCGUCCCCAGCAUCCCCUUUUACUUCUUCUUCAAUGCUCUUCUCCUGGCGCUGCUGCUCAUGAACAUCUACUGGUUCCUGUUCAUUGUGGUUUUCGUGGUGAAGGUGUUGAAGAUGAAGGAGGUAAACGACGUCAGAGAGUACGAGGACGAGGACGGCAACAAGACGGCAGCGGGCCUGCUUAGACGUCCUCAGGCAGAAAACAACGAUGAUGGUGCUGGACAUCACAUCUCUGCCCAGGGGAAGCACGUGCAGAAUGGGAUCACCAAGGACAAGCAUCUAUAACAGGCUCUCCGUCGCCACCACCUGGCACUAGGCUACAAGUACAAGCAAGACAAGACGCCCUACUUGGACGGCUCAUGCUAAAAAGGUGGCUGAAGGGAAGAGUGUCACAAAAAGAAAAAGGAAGGAAAAUAGCAAGAUAGGCCACGAUGUGUUUUUAUUCAUUUUAUUUGUUUAGAACAUUUCAUUUCAUCACUGUCGUUUUGUUUUCAGUUUUGUUUUUAUUAGAGCACUGUGAAUGUUAUUUCAGGUGACAUUUUGUCUUAUUGUUGCUAACUUUACAUUUGAUAGAUUGAAUAGAAAACAAACCAGUUUGAGCGAGAGUUGGAGUGGGAUUUUCAUGUGCAGUGGUACAGGGUGUCAUAAUCAUCAGCAUCGCCCUGAACAGCGCCGCAGCACCCACACAAGGAAAAGGUGUAGGCAGGUAGACGUUUAGACCUACAGUAACCUUUAGUAAACAAUAAGGGUGAGCUGUGUUUGCUGUCAGUGAAAUAUGUUUUCCUACUAACUUCCUUUCCCCCUUUUACUCCCGCCAUCCUCCGUCCAUCCUCUUUGACUCCAGACAUGAAGAGAAAAAGGCUAAAAAGAAAAACUUGAUUCAAAUGGGAAACACUGCGUUGCUGUUUUCAGUAUUGCUCUCAUGAGAGCCUGCCCGGCAUUGUCUGGUACUGUUUCACCACAUGUAUUGAUUUUCAUAUCAUUGCACAAGUCAGUGGUGGUGACCGCACAGCUCUGGCCCACCCUGCGUCCAUUAGUUUGAAUUGAGAACCCACAUUGGUGUGUGUAGCUAUGUUUGUGCGUUUGGGUGUUUCAGGAUGUGGAGAGUAUGGAUGUAGCUGAAUCUUUUCAUUAGAAAUCCUUCCUUUCACAACAUUUCACCUCUCAGUUUCAUUUCUUUUAUCUUUUUAUCUCUUGUACUGAUGAUCAACAGAUAUUGGGAAUAGUCACUUGGCAUUCUUGUAUAGAAAAAGCUUUUUAUUUUAUUUUACGUUUUUUUUUUUUGUCUUUGUGUGUCGCAAACAUCUGUUGCUGCACUGACAUGAAGGCAUACAAGCUGAUUGCUGGUUUAAUGACAGCAAAUAGCGAGAAUUGAUUGACUGGGUUUCAGUUUCAUCCUUAUUAUUUAAUUUGUUUAAACGGUAUGAAUUUGAAUAACAUUUUUAAAGCAGUUCGUGGGUGGUGGCGGCUAUCAGGUUCACAGAUAAUUGGAACAAUAGCCCAGAACUUGUGUAAAGAUAAAAAUCAGUAUGAUAAAAACAUGUAUGCACACAUUAUGGUAUUCAGGAAUGCAUGACAUCGAAUGAUUUUGGAGAUAUGCUAUGAAAUUGUCUUACAAACAAACAUUGAAAAAGAAAAUCCUCUCAACAUGUAAUCAUAACAUCUUUAUUAAUGUCCUAAAAGUGAUCUUUUUUUUUUUUUUCUUUGGAGCAGUCGUGAUCACUGAACAUACAUGGUGUUGUCCUAGAAACACAAACAAACCAGUGAGUGAUAAACGUUCAUGUGGCAUGAGUCAAAGUCUGACGUGUCCUGGAAAUCCCACUUAGAGCAAAAUUGUUGGUGUCAUCUGUAAUUUGAACACACUGAAUUAAGCUAUGGUUAAAAGGGACUGGUUUCAAUGGAUCUCACUGGUUCACUGUGUGUGUUAGUGGGAACAGCUGCUGCACAUGUAUAAAACAAGGGAUGUUUCUAAUCUUCCUACCGUCUCGAUCAAAUUCAAGCUCUUGUUUCGAUGAACAGCAUGCUUGUGCUGCUGGAGCAGGCCGCAGAUGUCGUCUGUCCAUAACAGAAGUUUGUUGUAGUUUGUCUGUUUGUCUUCCACAAUUCCCUCGUGUACACUUGGGGGAAGUUCAAACAAACCUUUUUAAUUUACAUUAAACUAUCACUAUUAUUGCUGUAGAUCAGGUUAUUAUUAUUGUUGUUUUUUUUGUUUUGUUUUGGAAUUGCUGCUGUUUAUUGUUUUUCCUCUGAGAGCACUGUUGGUAUUCCAGUUGUGUUGUUUUUAUUCUGCUGUUUAUGAGUUGGCGAUUGUCUGCUCAGAUCAGAUGUUUCCAGGGACCAGGGAGAGUCAUUUUGUUCAUCUACAUCUUGAUUUAGUCUCAGAUCUCUUCCUUUUAAUCUGAAUGCUGGCUCUCACUCAUUUGACCGUGGUUGUUAUACAUCUGUACUGUAAGUAACAUGACCUAUCAAACAUGUUACUGUGUGUUUUAUAUCAGACAUUCAGAGUCCUGUAGCUGACUGGUUUUACUAGCAUGCUGAUAUAGCAGGAAAUGACCUCCAGGGUCCAUCCCUGCACAACUUUCAGACUAGAUUAUCCAUAGUUUGCUGAUGUUUUUGUUGUAUGAUGACAGAUGAUGGGAAGGGAAGUUUGUAGUUAACCCACAAAGACCUGUGAUCUGAAUAAGUUGUGACUCUUCCCUCAGGUCUGGUAUGGUACUGUGUGCUAAAGGUGCACCUUCAAGCUUUCCACCUCUCUCCCACUGUGUCAUACUAUAAACAGUCCCGUGCUGUGAUAUCCGAGUGAAUAAUGACUACUAGGGGUGGACGAUAUGAUGAAAUGUACAAUCAUACAAUUUGAAUUUGCUGUACGGUUUACACCAUACUGUGUAUCCUUGUAACAUCUUUUCUUUUUAGUUAUUCGAUGAAUUGAUUAUCCCAGAAACAACUGUGGGAACUACCAUGUGUUCACCAGAUGACCCUCAACUCAACUGAUUUAUCAGCAAAUACAUUAUACCACCACGUGUAUUAUGUUCAAUCAUGUAUCUCAAGAGGAUUUCAUCCAUGUCGCCCACCCCUAACUGGCACCCAGAAGGGACUAAACUAACCGAAAAUGGAAGGAAGAACAUUUUAAGAUUGUCACUUUAUAUUUCUUUCUGUAUGGAUUUGGCUGACUCUUAUUUAAACUUUAGAUACAACCAAUAGUUCAGGUCAUAUUUGGUUUACGUUGUUGGCUGCAUGUGAUGCUCAGUUCAGUCAGAUAACUCAUCCAGAACAAAAUGUAAGUGAGUGUACAGCCUCGGCUCUAACCUCGUCACUCCCCAUUUGCAUACACCAAGAUCAGCACACAGGAGAUCAGGGAGUGAUGAUAAGACGGUUGAGGCAGUGUUUGCAAAUUCACAUGGCAUCAGUAGGCGCAACACUACUUGAUUGCAUUCGCAUUGAAAUCAGCUCAGAGAAGAUGAGGAGUGAUGACAAUUUGAUGAAACAGCGUUUGCAAACUAAUCAGCACAGCAUCAGCAUUGAUGGGGCCACAUUAUUACAAAGUCUCCAGUGGAUUUGUGUACUGAGUUGAGUGUGAUAUUAUGUACGGUGUGCUGACUGCACUCGUCACUUCCUGUUAUUAAAUUCGGCCCAUACAAAUAAGGGGGAGCGACAGUAAAAUUAAAAAGUGCAAACUAAUUAGUAAGCAUCAUUGCUGCAGCUGCCUCAUUGCAAAAGCUGCGCUGGAUUUGUGUUGUGAUGGAAGAGAAUCCACACAUUCAGUGUCUAAGCUCUGACUUUGUCACUCCCAGGUUCCGUAGGAAAAGCAGCGUUUAGAAACUGAGCGAGAAAAUGUUCAAAGCAGCAGUGGAUUUGUGUUGCAGAGCUUAGAGCAUGACAUGUGGUGUCUAGGCUCUGACCUUGUCACUCCCUAUUUCCAUGCAUUACAACCACAUAGAAAUAUACAGAGUGGCGAUAAGAAAAGCAGUAUUCAUAAACCAAGCAGGCUAACCCAUUUCAAAGGCUUCACUCUAGUUGUACUGUGACAAGUAUAGUAUAGGAUAUAAAUGGUGUCUAGGCUGUGACUUUGUCACUCACCUUUUCCAUAUGGUGUGAUCCACAGAAUUCAUGGGAUUCUUAAAUGAGUAGGAACAUUUUAAAGGCUUCACUAGAAUUGUGCCGUGUCUAGUACCCUGCAGGAUAUAUUUGGUGUCUAGGCUCUGACAUUGUCACUCCCUUUUUCCAUAGAUCAUGAUCAAUACGUAGACAUUUAGGGAGUGACCAUUAAAGAAGCAAUUGUAUAAUAAACUGAGCAGGAGUAUUUCAAGGCUUCACUGGAUUAGUUGUGUAAUGAGUACAGUAUGGGAUAUAGUUGGUGUCUCGGCUCCGACCUUGUCACUCCCUAUUUCCAUACAUUACUGUCAACAAUUGGAAAUCUGUGGAGUGACAAGAAAAGUAGCAGUGUUUAUAAACUGAGUUGGGACACUUGUAAAGCAUUCACUAGCCUCUACUGUAAUGAGUUGCUGUGCAGGUCAGUUUGAUGUCCAGGCUUUGACCUUGUCACUCCUCAUUUACAUACAUUAAAAGUGGUCAAACAGGAUCAGGGAGUGGCAAUAAGAUGAGCACUGACAGGAACACUGCAUUUCCAAGGCUGUUUAUCAGAUUGCUCAGUACUGAACAUGACUUGUGAGUUGUCUCCCUGAACUGACUCGCAGGCUUCGCUCCAUCAUGACACAAAGUAUCUUCACGAAUGGUUUGAUUGUGCCAAAAUGUCCACCCAGUUAAUGAGUGGGUGUUUGUGGGAGUUGGUGACGAGUGAAGAGUAGAGCUAGUGGAGAAGGACGGGCAGAAAAGCCCCGCAGGUAUUUCUUAUAAAUUGCACUGUAAUUUAUUAGUAUUAUUUUUAUUGUUCAUUAGUAGAUCAAAAUUAGAAAAAGCAAAAGGGAGAAUUGGGGAAUUUUUAUGACUUUGUGGAAAGAAUUAGUAACUAAAACUCAUUAAUUGAAGGUGUAUUUUAAUGAUACAUGUUUUUUGGACCAUUAAUACGUGCUGUAAGCGAUACAAAUUGCCCCAUUUUUUUCAAAGUGAAUUUGACAACUUGAUAAAGACACGUACUUGCUCUUUUGUAAUGCAAUUUUAAUACCAUUCAGCCAAUGUUAUUGUUUCAUUUUUUUCCCAUAAAAUAAAACAUGUUCAGUAAACAAGA